UUUACGACCCAUCACCCAACCUCCAACAAAAUGUACAAAAUAAUACUGAUCGUAGUUUAAGGUUUAAGUAAUACCUACUUAAUUACAUCAAAAAUAAAUAACAAUAAUGGCAUCGUCAAGAUUGAUUCCAAAACGAAGGCAACUGCCGAAGCUUAUGGCUUGCAUGACUAAAAACAGCUUAGAGAAUCUUAGAAAUAAAGCUUUGUUUAGUCUCGAUACAUUAGACGCAAAAGGAAUCAGAAGACGGAAACUUCCACUACACGAAUGCCUUAUAUUGGAAUUGACCGAAUCCGGUUAUUCUGAGUCUUCGGAUUAUCUGCAGGACCUUAUCUAUGACAAUUUACAACUUUUGGCCCAAGAUGAUAUAGGAAUUGUUGUUGAUUUGAGAAAAAAAGAAGAUUAUUUGGAAGAUAUUAGUGCAGGGUUAAUUAGAGCUGAGAAACAACGUGAUAAAGGAAAUACAAAAAAGGAGAGCUUAGAGCUAUUAGCUUUGGCAUUAUCUUAUGCUGAUAAAGGAAAAGGCAUUUUGUGGCUGGCCGAGAAAUUCUUUCUGGCAGCGAUAGCCGUAUCGAGCCAAUAUUUGAUUGAUGGAGGGCGACAGAAAGGCUGCUGUAAAUAUCACUACGCUAAGUUUUUGCUCGAUAAAUUUCCAGACGCAGAUCCUGAAGAGCCAUUUAUUAUUUUAACUGAGGUCAGGGACAGCGCUAUUGGAAAGAAUUGGCCGCUCUAUGAACCUGAAAACGUGGAUCAUGAGGUACCACCUGACACGUUGUUCUCCGCGACCGCUAUACAGCUCCAUCGGGUGCUACUCAGUAAGGCUCGAAUAGCUAGGGACUUAGAUCCUGCAAAAUCAGAGAGGCUUUCUAGAUUAGCUGAGCGGAGAGCUAUAGACGCCAGUGAUGUACCUAAAACGGCUGAAGCGAUCCUAGAAAUCGGUAUAAGUCAAUUGCUAAUGAACAAUUUGAAUAACGCCCAUAAAACGUUUCUUCGAGCGUUAAAAAUUUACGAAGCGGACAAUAACAUAGUGGGCUUAUGCGAUUCAAAAAUGCAUCUAGCUGCGGUGAUGCAGAGAUUGGGUGACCACGAAACUGCAGCAAAACUGCUUACUGAAAUGGGUGCUUUGGCAGUGGAGCACGGGCUUCGACGACAACUCGGUCGAGCGCUACAUCUCCUGGGCGAACUUCAUUUGCGGAGAGAACGGCCGGAAUUGGGCACACAACAUCUGAUCGAGGCGUUCCAGUGUUUUUUGGGUUUAAAUUGGCAAUAUACCCACGACACUCUUAUAAAAAAGGAGGAGAAGGACACGGCAAGUGGUUUGGAUGUAAUUUUCAAGACCGAUAAGAUAGAAGUUUAUGAAGAAGAAGCGGAACAAUCUAGAUUGAUGCAUGCAAUAUCGGCUGGGCAAGAAAUAAUGCCAUCAUACUUCAAUUUGUUAAGAGAGUCUGGUGCAUGUUCCGUGGCAAAAGUUAAGACUAUCGAAUGGAAAUUAACUCGGUGUAAAUGGUGGUUGAAGAAAGCGCACCACGAUUUGAUACCCUGUCUUUGCCCACUACACAAUCGUUCACCUUUGGAUGUUUUAAGGAUGCAAUUGGAGGCCGCCGCUACUGAAAAUCUGCCAGAAGACGAAAAUGCGUUGCUGGGUAGAACUGCUACAGUUGAAGAUAUAACAAAAAUACGUAGUAGUCUUAACUAAGUACUAACGCUGAACUAGUCAGAUCCCGUGGGAACUAUUUGAUUUUCCGGAGUUAAAAGUUGCCUAUGUCAAUUCCCUAGACG